GAGCUUUGACUCGACCAAUUACAGAGCACUUCUCACUCAGCUGAUUCGGACAGUUAAUGAUUCGUGCGCGGUUUAGUUGCACGCGCUGACCGCAGGUAAAUAGUGCAGUAUCGCGUGCUUCUGAUGUUAAAAGUUGUCACUGCGUAUUAUACAAUUAGAAACACCUUUCCACCUGACACAUAUUUUCACCACAGUACCUUUGCCAAGUCGUGAUAGUUUACCUCACCUGUUGUCACUUUUCACUCAUGGCCACGCGCGUUCGACCGAGUAGUAAACGGUCUGCAGUCGUCGGGGGGUCUGGUUUCCUGGGCAGACACUUAGUGGAGAAGCUGUUGGAUCGAGGCUACUCUGUAUCUGUGUUUGACAUCCGUCAGAGCUACGAGCUGCCUGGUGUCACCUUCCACCAGGGAGACCUCUGCGACAAACAGGCUCUGCUGCCAGCGCUGAAGGAUGUGUCCCUGGUCUUCCACUGUGCCUCCCCAGCCCCUGCCAGCGAUGACCGUGGCCUAUUUGAGAGGGUCAACAUUCAGGGUACACGCACCGUUAUUCAGGCCUGCCUCGAGGCUGGAGUGCAGAAACUGGUCCUGACAAGCAGUGCCAGUGUGGUGUUUGAAGGGACAGACAUUAAGAAUGGCAGAGAGGAUCUACCAUACGCCAAGAAGCCCAUUGACUAUUACACAGAGACCAAGAUUGAGCAAGAAAAGUUGGUCCUUGAGGCUUGUGACAAGGAGAAGGGUUUCCUCACAGUUGCCAUUCGGCCUCAUGGCAUCUUUGGCCCUCGAGACCCACAGCUGGUUCCUAUCCUAGUGGACACGGCUCGCAGGGGCAAGAUGAAGUUCAUCAUUGGUGAUGGGACCAAUCUGGUGGAUUUCACCUUUGUGGAGAAUGUAGUUCAUGGCCACAUCCUGGCUGCUGAACGCCUGAGGCCAGACUCCCCCAUAUGUGGAAAACCAUACCACAUCACCAAUGACGAGCCAGUUAGAUUCUGGGACUUCAUGUCUGAGGUGUUGGUGGGUCUGGGAUAUGCUGCUCCCCGCUACCACCUCCCCUACAUUCUUGUUUACGGACUGGCCCUGCUCCUCUGGCUGCUGGCCCUGAUCCUGCGCCCUCUGGUGUCCUUUAAACCCACCUUUACACCAAUGAGAGUGGCCCUGGCUGGAACCCACCACUACUAUAGCUGUGACCGCGCCAAGCGGGACCUGGGCUACAAACCGGUAGUCAGUCUGAAGGAGGGGAUAGCACGCACAGUGCAGAGCUACCCUCAUCUCAGACAAGGGGCUUGAUGGUAGAAUAGAGGUGAAGACUGUUGGGACAUGUACGGCUGUGAGCGUUAGUACAGUCAAGGUGAUCAGGUCACACUGAAUGGACAAUUCAAAAUGAGCUAACAGACCGUUUAUCUUUAUCCAAACCCCACACUGAAUAGCAUUUGUGCCUUUUCAAAGUGUAUAUACCAUUUUCACCAGCAGGUGGCAGCAUGCCAUCCUGGUUUCAGUGCACAAACUGCAGUCAGAUGUUACAAAAGUUUUAAAGCACUUAGUGAAUGGUAAAAGCACAGUUUAUGACAACUGAAAUAUACUGAUAUCUUACACUGUGAAAACUGCAAAGAUGUACAAAUAAUCUGAAAAAUGUUCAUGUGUUUCACCCGUGUGCUGUACACACAUUGAGAUGCUGCUGUUUUAUGUCAGAAUGCCUUAAUACAUUCCACUAAACGAUGAUUCUCCUGAUACAACUUGCAUGAAAGGGAUUGUUUAAAAUGAUGAAUGGCUUUACAUUAUAUGGCCCAAAGUAUGUGGACAUGGAUAUGUACUUUGGUCUCAAGGCGUUUUAUUUAGUUUGGGAUAACUGUGGUUCCAACUUGUGACAACAGUUUGGGAUAGGCCCUUUGUUUGAACAGAACAGUACCCCGUGCACAACUUCACGUGCCUAAAGAAAUGGAUUUCUGGGCUUUGUGUUGAAGAACUUGACUGGCCUGCACAAAUCCCCAUCCAAUAUCUUUAGGAUGAAUAAGAGCGGCUACUUUGAGGCAGGCCUUUUCGCUUAAAAUGAGUUGCCGACCUCUCUAAUGCUCUUGUGGCUGAAUUGGAGGCAAAUCCUUGCAGUCAGGUUCCAAAAUCUUGUGGAAAGCCUUCCUAAAAGAGUGGACGCUGCGAUAUAUAGCAGCACAUUACUGCUCAUAGUUUAGAGCGUAGGUUCACAUUUUUUUGAGUCUGUUCUAAAACAAUAUAUACCCAUAUGUACAUUGAAACUGUUGUUUCUGGUUGUUCCUCCAGUCUGGCCAUGAAAUGAUCCCUUCCUAAUGUGAUUCCAGUGCAACAAAUGGGGGACAAAUCCACAGUCUUUAUAUGGAAAAAAAAACAUUUUAAAGUUCAGCCAAAGCUAAUAUGAGGCUUUAGCAGUCUGAGAUAGACAAAUCAAUGGAUAUCUUCCAAACUUAGUGUUUUUAGAACAAUAUUCCCUAUUUGUGUAACUAUCAUAGCUGAACAAGGAAACACUGUCCAGGGAAAACAAAGGGAGGGAAUUUUACCCUAAAAACACAUUGGAAGAUACCCACUUGAUAUGACUAAAUCAGACUACUGAAGUCUCAUAUUAGCUUAGGAUGAAUUUAAGAAUGCAUUUUACACAGAACAAGGACUAUCUCUUACAUUGGAAUUGCAUUUAGAAGGGAUGCCUUCAUGGCUAGUAUGGACAGGAGGAAUGAUUACAGUGAUCAAUAAUUGUGUCAUUGUACAUAUGGGCAUGUGAGAAUUGUUUAAAGACAGACUUGACGAAUGAGAUGUUCAACAAUCACAUCGGACUAAUGUUUGUUGGCAAUAUAAUGUAUUUCCUUUUUAUAGACAUCAUUUUUCAUUUUUCAUCAUUUUUUCCAAACACACUUUAUACAUUCAUUCUGAUACUGGAGUAUCUCUCGUUAGAUACUGCGUAUCAUUAGAAUGGCAUGUGUGUCUACCAGUUAGGCAAAUUGCUAGAAUACUACUCAUGGACUGUCAUUGAAUACAAUAACGGGAUGGGCAAUGAAAAUGCAUCAUAAGCUACAAUCCUUGUAUUUCCAUCUGUCAUUUUGAUUAUGACAAAGUUAUUAAAAGUUAUAAAACUGA